UAAGAGCCAAAAAUGUGAUAUCUGUGAAAAAAGUGAAAUAUCAGUGAUGCCGUCCCCUGGCUACGAUACGACACGGCGUCUUGCCAAUACAAACCAGAGCGUGUUGGCGCUACUGCAGACUGUGUGCGCAGGAGAUACUGAAAGCUUUCUGCGCCAGCUUAGACUGCCUGGAAAGAAUGGGAUCAAGACUUGCGCCUGUGUCGUGCACUUGCUAUUACUGCAGGAGUUCGCCACCUUGACCAAGGAGUUGAACCAAGCGAGAGAACAGCUGUUGGAGCGAGAGGAGGAGAUCUCGGAGCUCAAGGCGGAGCGAAAUAACACCAGGUUGCUGCUGGAACACCUGGAGUGUCUGGUGUCUAGACAUGAGAGGUCGCUGAGGAUGACGGUGGUCAAGAGACAAGCAGCCGCACAGUCCGGGGUGUCCAGCGAGGUCGAGGUCCUCAAGGCACUCAAGAGUCUGUUCGAACAUCACAAGGCUUUGGACGAAAAGGUCAGGGAAAGGUUAAGAGUUGCCUUAGAAAGAAAUACUACAUUAGAGGAGGAGUUAGCAUCUACCAAAGACGAAUUACAACAGUACAAAUUAGGAAGAAUAACAACAAGUACAGAGGAUGGAAAACCUAAAGAAAAUGGAGCCCAAGAAGAGAAACCAGCCAACGACGGCCCUCACCCUACUAUCAUUAAGAGACUGAGCAACGGAGCUAUCGAGCCGGACUCGGAGGUGGCGAGAGUGAUCGAGCUGCAGAACACCGUCGACAAACAGAGUACAGAAUUAAGCACAUGGCAAAGAAGAGUAUCGGAAAUGACAUCACGCGUGUCUGAGCUAGAAGAAAAUCUGUCAAAAGCACAGAAAGAGAUGAUAAAGGCACAGGAAACUAAUUCAAAACUGCAGAGGGAUUUGAGAGAAAAUGUUGCCCAAAAAGAAGAUCAGGAGGAAAGGAUAGCGACGCUGGAAAAGAGGUACCUGAACGCCCAGAGAGAGUCGACGUCCCUGCACGACCUCAACGAGAAGCUGGAGCAGGAGUUACAACACAAGGAGAACCAACUCAAGUUGCAGGAGGAGAAGACGCGAGCCAUCCAAGAGAAGCUGGAGCUGUGUGAGCAGAAGCUGGCUCAGUUCGCCAAGCUGCCGGAGAUGGAGGAGGAGCUGAAGCAGCGUAUGGAGGCCCUGAGCCAGGUGAGGGCCCAGGCCCAGGAGAGACACGGGACAGCCGAGGACAGGAUACAGAGACUGGAGGCUCAGGUGGAGGAGAAGAACACAGAAGUGAUGAGGCUCAACCAGAGACUCAAGAUGAAUGAGGACCACAACACCAGGCUGUCUAGCACAGUAGACAAACUCUUAUCAGAAUCAAAUGAAAGACUGCAAGUACAUUUAAAAGAGAGGAUGCACGCUUUAGAAGAGAAGAAUGCGUUAUCACAAGAAUUAGAAAAGACAAGGAAAGUAUUAGAAGAUAUACAAGUUGAAAAGCAAGAAAUAGUCAAGGAAUUAAGUAAAUCAAGGUUAGAAACAGACAAUGUUAAACGACAAAUGUUACAACAAGAAAUAGCUUUCAACAUUCAACAGACAGACGCAUUAACGAGGAGUUUAUCACCAAGCAUGCAAGAGCAGAGCAGUUUUGUCAGAAGCACGAGCCACUCAAGUUUCGACACUCACUCGCUCUCUCGAAGAUCACACAAGUCAAGAGUGAUGGAAGAUGAUCCCUCUAAAGAAUGGGAGAAGAUGCAGCAGGUACACAUGAUGUCGAGCAAUGCACAGCAAGUGUACGACAUGACGAGCGACGCAGAGGGAGACGACAACGAGAGUAUCUUCAGUGCGGCCGAUAUCUUGUCUCCGUCUGGUCACACAGACGCACAGACACUAGCCAUCAUGCUGCAGGAACAGCUGGACGCCAUCAAUAACGAGAUCAGACUUAUCCAAGAGGAAAAGCAGAGUACGGAGGCGAGAGCAGAAGAGUUGGAGUCUCGGGUAGGCAGUCUGGAGCACAUGAACCUCUUGGUGCGAGGCCGCAGCUUUGAGAGAUCCUCACCGCCACUGAGUGGCCGCAGUACGCCCAAGUCACACCACUCGCCCCAACGUGACUACCUGCACAAGUACCACACGGCUCCAGCAUCCAUGUCGCCAGCCCACCUCCACCAAUACGCUGCCAAUCUCAUGAGUCCAGGCCAACUUUCCGAGUCCCUGCCGACCAGCCAGCUCCAGUUGGCCCAGCUGCCUACAGACAUGUCUGCAGAGGAGCUGAGCGGAGGCGGAGGUGAGUGUAGUGGGGCUGCGUCUCCUCUCACACAACGCAGUCUGCGGCUGGAGCGGGUCGCGCAGGCUCUGCAACACAGUCAGGAGGAACUGCGGAGACGGACGGGAGCCAACGCUCUGCCCUCGGCCAACCAGGGAAUGUACAAUCAGGCAACUCUAAGGACUGAAAUGGAUGAGGCCUAUACAGUUCAAACUUGGCCAGGCGGAUAUUCGACUCCCCCCUCCCCUCUGUCCUCCCGCCACAGCAGCCAGGACUCGCUACACAAACACACGUUGAUCUCCAGUCAGUACCACCUGCCGCCCAACGCUAGUCAGGCUGCCGCUCACAAGAAGAAGGGCAUCAAGUCGUCCCUCGGCCGGUUCUUCAGCAAAAAGGAAAAGGUCAAGGGAAAAGAGGUGGGAGUGCUGGAUCCAUCACAGAUGAUGUCAACAUCGUACGGAGAAAUAGACCUGAACACCAGCGACACACUCAGCCUUGGAGGCAGCAUCGGACAGAAGGGUGACUUUGACAGGAGGAAAAAGAAGAAGUGUUACAGACAUGAGCUGUUGGCCGAGGCUAUGAAGGCCGGCACGCCGUUUGCGCUGUGGAACGGUCCGACGAUCGUGGCGUGGCUGGAGCUGUGGGUCGGCAUGCCAGCGUGGUAUGUAGCUGCGUGUCGAGCUAACGUCAAGAGCGGAGCGAUCAUGAGCGCACUCAGCGACACGGAGAUACAGCGGGAAAUUGGCAUCAGUAAUCCAUUGCACCGGCUGAAGCUACGAUUGGCGAUCCAAGAGAUGGUGUCGCUGACAUCACCAUCGGCGCCCAAGACGUCGAGGACGACGCUAGCGUUUGGAGACAUGAACCACGAGUGGAUCGGCAACAGCUGGCUGCUGUCGCUGGGUCUGCCGCAGUACAGGUCUACCUUCAUGGAGUGUCUGGUGGACGCACGCAUGCUUGAUCAUCUCACCAAGAAAGACCUCCGUGGUCAACUAAAGAUGGUUGAUAGUUUUCAUAGGACAAGUUUGCAGUUUGGAAUCUCGUGUCUGAAGCGGCUUAACUACGACCGCAAGCAGUUGGAGGAGAGAAGACGAGCCUCAGACAACGAGCUGCAAGAUGUGCUUGUAUGGUCUAAUGACAGGGUCAUCCGCUGGAUAUCCUGCAUUGGGCUCAAGGAGUAUGCUACAAAUCUACUAGAGUCUGGCGUUCAUGGAGCUUUGAUAGCUCUAGACGAAGGUUUUGACUCAAACAGCAUGGCGUUAGCACUACAGAUACCAACACAGAAUACACAGGCUCGGCAAGUGUUGGAGCACGAGUUCAACAACCUGUUGAGUGUCGCAACGGAGCGUCGCAUGGACUCAGAGAUGGGAAAGUCCUGAUACUACGUCGCGUAAACUCGGCAAACCUAGUCUCAGCUCUCAGCCCCGACAAUAACUAACGUCAUCGGUUAGAUACGUGUUAGCCAAGACUUGUAAAGACGUUGAUAGUGUAAAUCUCGUAUCAUCCAAAUAGAACUGACAAAGUACAACUUUUACUCUCGCAAAGUCCUUUUCUUUGCGAACUGUUUCGUCUACCAUCUUAGAUUUCAAUCCUAGAUUUCACUAAGCGAAUUUCCUUUCGAAACCAUUCCCCCGGUAGGAUAUAAGUUGGUUAAAAGACAAUAAUGUUUUAAUGUGAUAAUAAUUAUCGUUAUUCGUUGACAAAUUAUGACAAUAUUAUUGUGUUCUCUACCGUAUUACCUAAACAAUAAAUUGUAUUAAGUUUUGUAUAAAAAAUAUUGCACAUAAGGAAGGGCUAGUUUUUUUUUAUUUGCCUCAAUUUUUCGUACCUUUAAUUUUGAUCCAAACAUAUUUUUAAACUUGAUACAAAUUUUCCUAAAACUUCUUAAUAGUUUUUUCUCACCCGUUUACUAUCUACUAACAUUAAUCGUUUGUAUUUCUGUAAAUACUCGUAAAAUAUGGUAAACUACGACCAACCCUCGUAAAUGUGCUUUUACGCCCCUGAAACUAGGAGUGAACUGCUAAGAUGUCGUACCAGGGGCUGAGAGACUAACUGUUUCCUAGUCUAAUGUAGUCCUACCUCUAAACCUUCAAUUACCUUUAGGAUCGACAGCUUUAAUAAUUGUACCCCGUGCCAUUGGCUGGAUAGCUGUAUAAAACAAGUACAAUAACUAGCCCAGCCCACAACGCUUGUCAAUCAUAUCUUACGACGAGCGAGUUCGCGUCUAUUUCAUCUGUUGACAUUCCUUUAGUGUGAAACCAGGUGGUUGUUUUUCCAGUAGUUUUCAGUUAAUUCUGCACCCGUUGCAAGUUUCUGAAGUUGUAGUCAUAAUUGGCGAGAUUUUCUCUGCCUUUGGUGUAUUUGGCAGUGUAAUUAAUUUUGGAAUAGUGGAAACAUGCCACUAAAUUGUAUCAAUUCUGUUAUGUGUUUGCUCCUUAUCUAUGAAAUAAUCAUUGUUUUUCUCUUACUAAUCCUAAGAAGAAAUUUUCUGCUGAAACAUAAUUUUAAAGUCAUUAUAGAGAAAAAUUGAAAUUAUUUUUGUAAUUGAACCACCUGGUUGGUUAAUGUUUCUCUUCUUAGUAUUAUUAUUAAUGUUGUAUUAUUUAUUCAAGUUUAAGUCACUAGUAAUUUUUCAUUUAUGGAUUAUGUAUAUUGAGAAAGUCAUGUACAAUGUUCAAUAAAAAGUUGUUAAAAUGUCAGCUAAUAAGUAUUUAAGUGGUUAUAGUGUCUCUUGAAAUCUGAAGUACUUUGGUGCAAUACCAAGCGAGAUCUUUACGGGACCUUGAUGCCAUUUGUAUGGGCAUCAAUUAACGAUGGUACCCUACAAAAAGGUCGAUGAUAGAUAGUAACAGGACUUAUAAAAAUCAUUAAAUGCGUCUAAUGGCGUAGGUACACAAAUUAAAAUAGUAUCUUAGUAAAAUUGUUCUCGCCUGGUAAUUAUGGUUGCUGGUUUAAUUUUACAAAGGCUAGUAGCUUAUUCAUGGUUCAAAACAUUACUCCGUCUUUUUUUGCUAAAGAAAUAGCAGAUAUUGGUCAGUAAAAAACCUAUCGUCUUAUUCAUUCAACAGUCAUGUUUCACUCAUAUUUGCCUUUUACUUUGCACUCAUUUGUGUCAGUGACAUUCUAAAAUAAUAAUAAGUUUUUAAUUCUUUUAUUCAUUGAAAAAGAUUAAACUUUAACCCAAUUUACAUGAAAUCAUUUUCAUUAGAAAAUGAAAAAAAUAUUCUAUGGUGCUUCUCAAAAGACAUCUUGAUUAUUGUUAUUAUUAACUAUAACCAUUAUCCAUGUAAACUUGUUUAUAUUCAUGCACAAAAUAUCAUAUCAUUUUGUAAAAUUGGUUUUUGUAAAAAUCCUUUUCUAAUCCAAUCAGAGUAGGACUCCUGCACAACAAUCAUUAUAUAUGGCUUUCUCAAGUGUUUUAUAUAGUAUUUAAUAUUAAUAUUGCAUUAUUUAUUUGCUGCGUAAUUUUAUGAUUUUUAACUUUAUUAUGUGUAUUAUUAUAUUGUCUUGUCUGUGCUAUCGUACAUUUCUAAUAACUCUUGACAAACUCUUGUUCAAAUGACCGUUUCUUGAAAAGAAAUAUUGUAAAUGAUGAGCUUGUCGCGGGUACACUGUAGUAAGCUUUGUACGGUUGUAGAGUUAGGACUGGAUGUUACCUGCGAGCGACCAAAUGUCUUAGUUACUGUCCCAAAGUUGUUGCUGAUUAUAGUCAUUCUUACGCAAAUUGUAAUAUAUAUAAUAGGUUAAGGUGUGUUCUAUCCAAAUAAGAAUUGCCCUACGGUAUUUGUACUAUAAUUUUAUGUAGAUAUGUAAAAUGUAUAACCUGUUACGAAUGUUAUGUGUAUAGUAGAACGUCUCUUUAUAAUGCGGAUUUACAGUUUUGUAGCUCGCAUUUUAUUAUUUAAUUCGUAAGAUGUUAAAUAAUUGUACGAUAAUCUCUGUUUUAAUUUAACGCUGUAAGGUUGGUAGAUCCUUUUUUAUCUGUCUCUUUGUAUUUCACCGCCGUUUGUAUUUAGUAUUUUACGUUUCAGACUUGACUGUUAUCGAGAGUUUACUGUUCUAAGUAAAUUCGCAACAUAUUUCUUACUUGGAUCGAACAAAACCGAUUUAGUGUUUGAAAACAAGUUUUGUAAACUCCUUGUACAUUUGUAAAUUGUUUGAAAGUUAGCCAGUAUCGUCAGUUAGACCUGUUCCGCAGUUAUCGAAAUAUCUAUGAAAUAUAUAAAGAUGUAUACUACCAGAUGGGAUCAUUGUAACUGUAGCCUGUUCCUAUUCUGUUUGUUCUGUUUCUUUGACAGGCUCGCCGAUGUGUUCUUUACAUUCUCGAGGUCCAACUUCCAUGUAUUUUACGUUCGAAACUUAGCUAGGCACUGUCACCAAUUAAUUAUUGUUUGUUGUUCGAGGAAUGUUCUUCCUUUUAUAUUUAUUUAUCACAAUGUACAUAUUAUUAUUUCGUAUAUACAUAUAUUUAUAUAUGUAUAUAUCUACGUAACCAGAUUGUUAAGCUUAUGUAAGUAUUUGUUAUACAAAUGCGGAUCGCCUAAUAUUGUAUUGUACUCCAUACCGUGGCCAUCGUCAUAAUUAAUUACUAAACAGUAUUAUUUAGUGGCGUUAGUCACAUGUUCAACACGGAAUCACUAAAAUAAUAAAACAAAUGUGCUGAUGAAA